ACUCAUUCAUUCAAAGAAGUUUAAGAUGCGGCUAAGAUUCUGUCAUUAGUUCUAGAAAUGCCCCACCAAUGUUUGGGGUGGCAAGGAAGGAGCAGGAUGAUCUGGCGGCACUGCUCAAUGCUUGCGCUCAGUCGCGAGACUUGAUCAAGGGCCGGCAAAUCCACGCGCAAAUUCUCCACAGCAACCAUGCCACCAACACAUACCUCCUCAACAUGACCACCAAAAUGUAUGCCGUGUGUGGCAGCAUCGAAGAGGCGCGCAAGAUCUUCGACUCCAUCCAAUCCCCCAAUCUCUUCUCCUGGACGAUCAUGCUCGCUGCUUAUGCCCAGAAUGGGGAUCUCGCUCGGGCAAUUGAUUUCUUCGCGGGGAUGCCGCUCAAAAACGCUGUUGCGGCAACGAUCAUGAUCGUCGCCUAUGGCCAAGAGGGCGACGUGGAUUCCGCUAAGCUGGUUUUUGAUCGUGCCUUGCCCAAGAAUCUCGUUUGCUGGAACGCGAUGCUCACAGCAUAUGCCCAGAACGGGCAUUUUCAGGAAUCGAAGCUUCUCUUUGAUACCAUGCCCGAGAGAGAUGUGAUCUCUUGGACCGCAAUGUUACAAGCGUAUGCCCAAAACGAUAGUUUGAUAGAUGCCGAGAAUGUUUUCGCAAGAAUGCCCAGAUGGAAUGUAGUUACGUGGACUGCUAUGAUUCACGCAAAUGCUCAAUCCGGGCAUCUGGAAAAAGCGAGAGAGAUCUUCGACACGAUGCUAGAGAAGAAUCUAGUGUCGUGGAACACUCUCAUUGCGGGAUUUGCUCACAAUGGAUCGAUCGAGGAGGCGGAGAAGCUCUUUCUCGAGAUGCCUGAGCGAGAUCUCGUGUCUGUGAAUGCUCUGAUCUCCGCUCACAGCGAGCUUGGGAACGUCGAUCGAGCGCAAGCUAUCUUCGAUUCCACUCCUCUGGUGAGCACCGCGCUCUGGAACACGAUCCUGGUGGCCUACGGCGACAACGAUCGCAUCGAUGAGGCGAAGACCAUCUUCGAUCACAAGAUGAAGCAGCGCGAUCUCGUGUCGUGGAACUCGAUGAUCUCGGCAUUCUCACUGAGCGGCGAUCACGAUGAAGCCCAGCGGCUGUUCGAUGCGAUGCCCGAGCGAGACGUGGUGUCUUGCAACUCGAUCCUCGCGAUCUACACGCAGCAGGGGGAUCUGGAUCGAGCGCAGCACCUGUUCGAUUCAAUGCCGCGCCACGACGCGAUCUCCUGGAACGCCAUGAUCGCGGGGCUCUCGCAGCACGGUGGGAAUCUCUCCCUUGCGGAGAAACUCUUCGGUGAGAUCCCCCAGCGCGACGUUGUCACCUGGAACGCGAUGAUCACGGGCUACGCCCAGCACGGCCGGCUAGAACACGCCAAGCGAAUAUUCGACGCCAUGCCACGCUGGAGCCUCGUCAGCUUCAACGCCAUGGUGGCAGCAUAUGCCCAGAAUGGGCAUCUGGAAGAUGCUAAGAGCAUCUACGACCAGAUGCCCCGCCACAGCGCCGCCUCCGCCAACGCCCUCAUCGCCGCUUACGCCCAGCAGGGCUAUCUCUCCAGUGCCGAGUCGCUCUACGCGACGCUUGGUGGUAAUGGCGGUAGAAGCGGCGGAGAUAGCGGAGCUACAGCGGAAGCGGAGGAGUCCACCACUGUAUCCCAGACCGUAAUGGUGUCGGGCUAUGGUAGCAACCACUGCCUGGCGGAGGCCAAGCUGGCGUUCGAUCGUAUCCGUCGAAAGAGCCACGUGUCCUGGAACGCGGUGGUGGUGGCAUAUGCCCAGAACGGGCAUAUCCGCGAGGCGAGAGAUCUCUUCGAGAGGAUGCCCCAGCGCAGCGUUCUCUCCUGGAAUGCCCUAGUCACCGCCUACGCCCACUCGGGCCACCGCCGCGAGGCCGUGAUCGCAUUCCAGGAGAUGGAGCUGGAGGGAUUCAAGCCAGACGAGGCCGGAUUGAUGAGCGUCAUCACCGCGUGUGGCCACAUUGGAUUGCUCAGCCAUGGAUGCCGCUACCUCUCGCGGAUGGAGAGCGAUUGCGGUGUGGCGCCUCUGCGCGAGCACUACUGCCGGAUGAUCGAUGUGCUGGGGAAGAUUGGGCUGCUGGCGGAGGCGGAGGAGCUGAUCGAGAGCAUGCCUUACGAGCCCAAUCUUGUGGAGCUCGUGAGCUUGCUGGGCGCUUGCGAUGUGCACAGGGAUCGGGAGCGUGGCGCGAGGGUGGCGGAGCGCGUGGCGGGGAUCGAUCCUAGCAGCGCCGCGCCGUAUUUGAUCCUCGCGAAUCUUUCCAGCGAGAGGAAGAAGAAGAGACUGGCAAGAACCCUAAAACAAAUUGGGUAACGCAGCCUUUCUUUCUGGAAGAAAGAAUGGCUACUUUCUGCAAGGCCAUCAAGGCGAAGGAGAAUCUACACACUUGCGUAAGCGAUCUACAUCUCUCGCUACAGUUCUGGAUCGAUUGAUCUUGAUUGAUCAAACAGGUGGUUCCGGAAGGGUUUCUCGAUGGAGAUGGCGUGGUGCCCGCGAAUUUGACGCUCGCGACUUCCAGCGGAUCGUCGUGGAGCGUGGCGAUCCGGGAGGACUCGGGCGAUUUCCUGCUGGACAAGGGAUGGAGAUCUUUUUGCCUGGACAACGAGCUAUCCUUGGACGAUGUUGUGGUGAUGAAGCGCAUCCAGCCGUCCAAUGUUCUGGUGACCAUCUACGGCGGAGAUGGAUGCGAGAGAAAGAAAUCCCAGUCCUGUGACAUUGCCAAGGCAAACAAUCCUUUCGGAAGCGAAGUUAACAGUGGCAAUAAUUGUAAGCAGGAAACCAGGGAUAGAAUCACUGCUGAUGACUAUCACGAGAUAAUUGAUAAUGGCAACAUCCUCAAGAGAAGCAUGGAUCAUCCGGAAGUUCCUCUCAAGAAGCGAGCAAAGACGACAGUGGGCAGCGAGAAAUCCACAGCCAAGAAGCUCAUCAAGGUGACCCUCAGCUGCUCCAGCCGCACCGUUUCCUCCGAAUCGGCAAUCGCAGCAGCCUCUAAAUUCGAGUGCUCCAAUCCGAGCGUUCUCUUGGCGACCACAAAGAGUACACUCGAUCCAACUUACUACCUGAUUGUGCACAAGCAAUUCUCGGAGGCUUUCAUGCCCAAGGUCGAUACCGCUGUGAUGCUCGUGAAUUCCAGGGACGAGAGGUUCCCGGCGCGGUGGCUGGCUGCCAGGCAUGUCGUGAGCGGUGGAUGGAGAGGCUUUGCAAGGGCUGAGAAGAUUAAAGUCGGGGAUGCGCUUGUUCUUGAGGUGGUGGACGAAUCCACUUUUAAGAUCCACGUUUUCGAGUAGAUCCACGAAAAAAAUUAUUUGAUUCUCAUUAUUAUAAUACAAAGGAACAAAUAUACUAUUA